AUGGGUUCACGAUUCUUGCUGGCAGCCAAUACUUGUCUCGGAAUGAGUUGUGUGUUGGGAGUGUUGGGUGCUUUGGCUUUAUUUUCAUUAUCGAUUGUGGAUUCGUUGAAUGUGAAUUUUUCAAGUCAUGUGGAUAAUAAGGAUUUUUGUGGAAUUACAUCUCUCAACGAGCAUCGUCCCUUCAGUGUUCAAUACAUUCUUUCCAACACGGAUUCCAACUCGACACACAUUUACAAAGUUUGUGCCGAAGUUCAACCCGGAGCCUUCGCCGGACACAACGGAACGUUUUGUAUCUAUCCGAGUGUUCCAUAUGAUGAUCACGGACAACCCAUUGCUUCUCAAAUGAAAGCAUUUUGUGGAUUUUCAUUGGCAGUCAUGUUUGAACGAUUUGGAAUUGUGUUGGGAUAUCUUGUUGGAUUUGUUUUUGCCUUGUUGUGGUUGACCAUGGGUCGAAGAAGUAUUGAGAAUAAUAAGAUCAAGUGGACGGGAAGAAUUUUUGGUGGAAUUUAUACGAUCUGGAGUGUAUUGAGUAUUGCUGCUGCUUUUUAUUUAAUGAUUGCAGAUGCUUCUCGUGUUGCAACUAGUGUUGAUUGGUGUAAUAAUGUCUAUAUUCCUCAUUAUUGUAAUCCUGGAGGAUUUGAUGGCCCUGUCGAAGAAUGCAAAUGUGAUUUUGGUCUCUAUAUUGGAAUGCCAAUACUUGGUGCUUGCUUAAUUCUUGUCUAUGUGUUCUCCACUAUUACAUGCAUUGUGAAAUGGGUCGCUGAAUAUAGAGCUGUACGUGAAGGUUAUCGUGAUUUAGAUGCUUCAGUGGAUGAAUUGACCAAACAAUAA